GGAUGACUCACAGUGUUAUGAUGCAGUUCCACAACACACAGCCACAUUCACCCACAGACCGAGGUACAGAACGAGAGACAACCUCUGGCCCCCCAGCAGCUGUCCAGCUUUGCAGCCCCAGUCUUGAGCCCCUCAACUACCUUCCCCCACCCCCAUCCCUUUCCCAAUUGAAGGAGCCGAAAGAGAAGAGAGAAGAGUGAGCAGAAAGAUUGAGAUUGAGAGAGAGAGAGAGAGAGAUAGACGGAGAUCUCUGGAGCAGACCUCAAGGUGACUUCUAUUUCUAUCUGGUUCUCGUCUGGGGGGGCCCUGGCCGGGCAGCCCCCCACAUUUCUCCUGCCCUGAAACACGGCUCUAGCCAACCUGCUCCGCUGCUUCACCUGCGACCGUCUCUGUGGGGGCUGCACAGCACCAGCCCCUCCAGCCCGCCAGGGCAUCGUCCUCCAGCCUGUCAUGCCCAGCUGUGACCCUGGUCCGGCCCCUGCCUGCCUUCCCACCAAGACGUUCCGCAGCUACCUGCCCCGCUGCCACCGCACUUACAGCUGUGUCCACUGUCGUGCACACCUGGCCAAACAUGAUGAGCUUAUUUCCAAGGGGUUCAGUCAUGGGGCUGAGGCUACCCAGUGGUCACUGUCUGUCCUGUCUCCACAGUCCUUCCAGGGGAGCCAUGGCCGAGCCUACCUGUUUAACUCCGUGGUCAACGUGGGUUGUGGGCCGGCAGAACAGCGCCUCCUGCUCACAGGGCUUCACUCGGUAGCAGAUAUUUUCUGUGAAAGUUGCAAGACCACACUGGGCUGGAAAUAUGAACAAGCUUUUGAGACCAGCCAGAAGUACAAGGAAGGGAAGUACAUCAUUGAAAUGUCACACAUGGUGAAGGACAAUGGCUGGGACUGAGGGGGCUCAGGCAGGCUAUGCCCUUCCUCCGCAUGCCCCACCCUCUUCACACCUGUCCCCUGGCCCUACCAAGCUGUCCAUACCAGCAUGAGCACUGCCCCACCCCUGGGGGAAGCCCGGCUCCAACCAACGCCUUCCUUGCCUCCACCACAUCACUACCAGGUCCCCUUUGGAACAGGGGCCUGGGGUACCCCAGGGGUGUUCAAGGCUCAGGAGUGGGCAGCAGUUAGGGAAAUACAGAAUUGGGAAAAAAGGGAUGGUUGUGGGCCCUUUUAUUCCCAAGUUCCUGGAAACUGAGGUGAUGGCAGGGUGUGGACUCAGGCAGAGGAUCAUGGGAGGAAUCAGGAUUUUGACCUCUCUUUUUUUGAGUGGAGAAAAGGAUAAACCUUGGGUUGUGGGGCUAAGAGGUCCUAGGUCACAGAAUAUCAAAGAAACAGUUUAGGUUGGAAUGAAAUUUUGGCCUCAUACACCAGGAGACUAGAGUCUCUGAGGGCAAAUAGCUUCCCACUCCCAUUUGCAGAGAACAGAACUCAGGGCAGGGGAUGGGGAUAGGGAUGGGAGGAAACACCCAAGUCCCAGGCCCUGGGAAAUAAAGUCACAGGGGGUUUCCAUCUCACUCCACUUGUUAGUUUACCUUGGCACUAAAGAGGCACUUUUGAGUAUCUAAUCUUUGCCAUAGGGGGGGGGUGGGGAAAGCUGCCCCUGGAACAGCCCCCACCCUCAGCUGGCCAUUUCCAGAGCAAGCAGUCUUUAUGGGUAUUCUUCAAGGCCCAACCACUGCUCCCUGGGACCCAGUCCCCUGGAGGGGAGGUGGAUCAUCAGCACCACAGGACCAGUCUUCCCUGUGGUUGCCACCAGCGAAAGAAACUUUUGUAUGAUAUAUAAAGUGUUUGGGUCUAUUUUUAAUAAAAAGGGGAAAAGCAACUGUGA